AUGUUUUACCAGAGUUCACACACCCCCACAAACCGGCCCCCUCCACGGUUGCGACUCCAGAAUCCAGAUCUGUUCAAACAUAUAGUCUCGCAGCCCUUCGCGAGGCGUGCUCUUGUCGCGAAUGCCGAAGAAUUCGACGACGAGCGGUACGCCUACGACGAGGACGACGACGCGGGCGACGACGACGACAUCCCGGCGGGCGACGACGGCGACGUCGUCGCACUGACGGCGGCGACGUUUUCGCAGGCCGUGAGCGAUCACAAGCACGUGAUGGUGGAGUUUUACGCGCCGUGGUGCGGCCACUGCCGCGCUCUCGCGCCGGAGUAUCGCGAAGCAGCGGCGACGCCCAAGGAGCUCGGCGUGCUCUUCGCGAAGGUGGACGCGACGAAAGAAACGGAGCUCGCCGACAAGUACAACGUGGAUGGUUACCCGACCGUCCUUUUCGCUACGGAUGGCGAAUUCCAGCCGUUCGGUGCCGGGCGAACCAGCGCGGAGAUAGUGCGGUGGGUGAAGCGCAAGCUGGGCAUGGGCGUGACGCCUUUCAACUCUGCUUGUUCCCGUGUCCUCCCCCUUCCCGCUCCCCCCCCCCCCCCCUUGCUGCUGCUGCUGUCCCGCUGGUGCAGUGCGGAGAUAGUGCGGUGGGUGAAGCGCAAGCUGGGCAUGGGCGUGACGGCGCUGGCGCCAGCCGACAUUCCCAAGGUGCCCGCGCUGCUCGAGAGCGCCGCCGCCGCUGCUGUCGCCUUCGUGUCCUCCCUUGACGCUCCAGAGGCAGCAGCGUUCGGAGACGCAGCGAGGGACACGGACGGGGUGGACUUUUUUGUCACCACGCAUGCUGACGUGGCGGCCGCCUUCGGCCUGCCAGCUGGCGAGCCGCCCACCCUGGCUGUGGUGAAGGAGGAGGAGCGGCUGGUGGUGUUCGCAAGCAGCGGCUGGAGUUUCGUCACAAGCUCCCGCCAUCACUUGUUGGAAGUCUCAAAAGCAAUUGACAGGGGGACGGAAGCAGCAGGGAAUAGGAAGCAUCAUUCAGGUGAAGUCAGGAUUGGAGCACCGAGGCAUUCCGACUGCCAGCUACAGUUCGGGCCGUACUUCAUCGAGCCUGUGAUUGCAGGUUUGGAGGAUGAUGGCACGCCCUUCAUCUGCGCCACUGACCUCAUUGGCGCCUAUGAGGAGUGCCCCGAGUUCGGUGUAGCAGGGACGGCAGACGAGUCCCUCUUUGGCGCGUGCGAGUCGUACUGGCAGCCGGGGCUGCAGCCAGAGGAGCUGUUUGAAACCAUCUCACAGGCGCUGCUGGCCGCUGUGGACAGGGACGCGCUCAGUGGAUGGGGUGCCACCGUGCAUGUCAUUACUCUUGACAAGAUUAUUACUCGCACACUCAAAGGCCGGAUGGAUUGA